CAGAAUCAAAAUCUUUUAAGAAUUCCUUGAUGCUUUAAUUUAAAUAUUAGAUUAUUACAAUGAAUAAUAUGAGUGAUAAUUUUUAUUAGGUGAUUCAUAAAAAAUUUGAGCAUUAUUGAUUUAGAUUAUUUGAAGAAAGAUCUUGAUUUACUGUUUGAAUACACAAGCAGUUAAGAUUAACCUUAGAGUGCAAAUAAACCAUUCAACAAGAACAAGGGAUGUUAAUAAUUGAAUAAAAUUAUUUUUGAAUUUUUGUAUAAAACAGAAGCAAAAGAAUAAAUCACCAAAAGGUCCACUCAAAAAUUAAUUUAAUAAUACAAAUUUAGGCCUUAAGUGAUGAGAAAGAUUACAUUUUUACUGAUUCGCCUAUAGUAAUCAACAUAUUAGUUAUUAUUAUUGGAUUCUUGUUAAAUGAUUAAGAUAUCAUCGCAUUAAAGAAAUUAUUUAGAAACCUGA